GCAGGCUUGAGGUGCGUGGAGAGAACAUUGCUUUGAAGCAUAGUGCUUGUUCUGUCAUUCUCCAUAUAAUUCCUCGGCACUUUUACCAUCUGGAUUCCCUCCGACGACCGACCAGCACAGAAGCGAGCGACAAUGGCGCCUCUGAUAGCAGCCAUGCUGCCGAUGCUGAGCAACACAGCCGGUCUAUUCUGUAUUGCUACCACCGGUUUCAUCCUGCUCUAUGCAGCCGACCAGCUGCUACUCGCCCCCCGGAAGCCGAGCCCCGCGGUCUUUGCUUGCGAGCCCGAGGGUAAGAAGAGCGUUAGCAUUCAGACCCGGCUCGCGUUUUACCUCAACUGUGUUGGGCUAUACCACGAGGCCUGGGAAAGAUAUAUCAAGAAAGCCACGAACAAGGUCAUUGUACUGCCAGGAUUGGGCUUCCACAAUGAUGUUAUCCUGCCUCACAGCUCGACGAAAUGGGUGCUGUCGCAGCCUGACGGUAUGUUUAGUGCUUACGACGCCAUCGUAGAGCUGAACCAGGUAAUGUACAGCCUGGGCCACUCGCGGUUUAUCGGCGACCCUUGGCAAGGCCAUCUGGUCCGGACUAAACUCUAUAAUGCGUUGGAAGGUAUGACCGCCGACUUGAGCGACGAACUUUCGUAUGCCCUUGACGAGUACUUCGGCACCGACUCGGACAACUGGACCGAGAUUGACCUGGUAGAGACGCUGAACCACGUUACGGCGCAGCUGGCUGGCCGGUUUACUGUUGGGCUCCCACUAUGCCGGAGCAAAGACUACAUCGACACAUGUUGCGAAAUCAGCGAUGAUUUCAUGCUUGUAGGUGGAGUACGUGGCCUCCCGCACAUCCUGCGACCACUUGUCGGGAGCGUGAUGGGCAUCUGGUUCAAGACCAAGAUCAAAAAGAUGAAGAAGCUAUUCGAGCCAUUAUACCACAAACGCAUCGCGAUGUUGCAACACUCGGCCGACGACCCAGAACACGAGGAACCGAAUGACUACCUACAGAUCAUGUUCCGUUAUGCAGCCGACCGCCAACAGGAAGAGCUAGGAAGCAUCGACGUUAUGACCCGGCGUCUCAUCAUCGCCAACUUCGGCUCCAUCCAUCAGCCGUCCCUCCUGAUCGCCAACACGUUGCUCAACAUCAUAGACUCAGACACCGAGUUCAACACCAUCACGACGCUCCGAGACGAGUUGAUCAAUGUGUUCGGGAUCGCGCCCGACGGUACUACCCCGGACAUUGUUGACCACAGUACCUGGACCAAGGUCAAUAUAAAUAGGAUGAACAAAGCGGAUAGCCUUAUGCGCGAAACCACUCGACUUCACACCUUCGGCUCGCGGGCUAUGCUGCGCAAAGUCAUGCCGAAGGAUGGCGUGACAACAGACACCGGUGUACACCUGCCACAAGGGACGCUUAUCUCGUUCAUGGCGCACCCCGUGCAGAUGGAUGAGGAAACAUUUGACAACCCCAACAAGUUCGACCCUUUCCGCUUCUCACGGAUGCGCGAGAUGAUGGAGGCCAAGAAGGCUGAAGCCAAGGAGCCUGCCGGAGAUGCGAGCGCCGAGACAGACGAGGUGGCCGGGGUCGGCCCGCUUAAGUUCGUCACGACAGGGCCGAAUCACUUGGCUUUUGGGCAUGGGAGACACGCCUGCCCUGGCCGCUUUGUCGUUGACUUCCAACUCAAGAUGAUAAUAGCUCAUGUCAUUACCAGGUACGAGCUUGAAUUUCCCAAAGAAUACAACGGCCGCCGACCUGAAAAUACCUGGAUUGCGGACGUGAAGCUGCCGCGACACGCUAAGAUCCGCGUCAGGCGGAAGAAGCUUGUCUGCUAAAGAAAGUUGGGAUUCGUUCGCGGGUUAGAGGACCAGC